CUCUCAAAAUGUCACAUGACUGCUGUCAGCUUACCACGUGUAGCAGGAAGGAGUAGUUGUAAACAUUCCUCUGUACAAAGAUACAAAGGUAAAAGUUGUAAAGUAAGGUGACAUUUCCUUUUAUUGACACGUGUCACCUAUUUAGGCAAUUCUCCUGCAUAAGAAUUUAGCUGAAAGGGCCCAAAAGUGUUGGGUAGACCAACAAGUCCAAAUAGGGUACAAAGAAAAUACAAGUGCCUCUCAAAUCAGAUGUCUUCCUCCUCCUCCACUACCUCUGCUGUCCUCCUAAAUACGGGGGUUCAGAUGCCCCUCCUGGGUUUGGGGACCUACAAGUUGGUGGCUUCUGAAGAUGUCUACCGGGCUGUGGACGCAGCGCUGGUUGCUGGUUAUCGGGCCUUUGACAGUGCAGCCGUCUACCGGAAUGAAGCUGACCUGGGCCGAGCCCUGAAGCAGCUCCUGCCCAAACAUGGCUUAAGCAGAGAGGAUGUAUUCAUAACCAGUAAGCUGGGCCCCAAGGAUCAGGGUGAGAGAGCCAUGGAAGGAGCCCUCCGCAGCCUGGCUCAGCUGGACUUGGGUUACAUUGACCUGUACCUGAUCCACUGGCCUGGCACACAGGGUCUGGUAGUGGCUGACCAACGCAACCCAGGCAACCGAGCUCAGAGUUGGGUCACCCUGGAGGAGCUGCAUGCCCAGGGGAAGCUGAAGGCCAUAGGAGUGUCCAACUACACACCAGCACACAUGAGAGAACUGAUACAGAGCUGCAAAGUUCCUCCUGCGGUGCUACAGGUAGAGUUUCACCCGAGGCUGUGCCAGACGGAGCUGAGGAGUGUGUGUGAGGAGUAUGGAGUGUGUUUCCAAGCGUACUCCUCCUUAGGGAAAGGAGAGCUGGUCACUGAUCCUGUGGUGAUGGAGGUGGCAAAGAACUGUGAACGCACACCUGCACAGGUCCUGUUGCGCUGGUCUGUGCAGCAGGGCGUCCCAGUGCUCCCCAAAUCUUCAAAUCCAGACAGAAUAAAGGACAAUGCCAGACUUUUUGACUUCACACUGAGUGACACAGACAUGGACAGACUGUCAGCUUUGGACUGUGGGCACAAGUACUGCCGGGAUUCAUCAGAAGUGGCUUAAUAGGCCACUAGUGGAACACACAUUAUCUUCCAUGAUGCCUCUUUAAUGCUGUUGUUCUUUUGCUCUGACUGGCAUAGAUGCAGUGGUGGGAAACCACCACUAGAAAGUUACCUUACAAAUUCACUGGGUGAACGUAUUGAUUUAGGUAAAUGUAUGUACUGAGGUAUCUGAGAGUUCCAGUAAUAUUUGCCCAUAAGUUUUCCUGUUUAUUGUGACAGAUAUGCCAUGAAACACAGAGGCUUUUCAUGCAGUACCUAUAGGUAAAUGUUGCUGUUCUAUAUACUUUUGUUGCCUCAUUGUUCUUUACUAAUACCCUUACAAUGCAAUAUUAUGGCUUUUGUAUUCUAGCUCUCCCAUUUAAAUUGUCUAUGAAUUACCAUACAUUUGCACUGAACAUAAUAUGAAAUUUCUAAAAGUGUCCUUUUGUAUUAGAAAAAUUUGAAAAAUUACGCAAGAGACUCUUCAAAACCACUCUUAAAAGUAUUUAUUCAGCACAGCAUAUACCAGAAGUUUCACAGCUCUAGAGACAAUUUACAAAAGUUGAAAAAAAUAAAAAAGGAAUCCAACAAAAAAAAAAGAAUGAAAUAUUAAGAAUUACAUUUUCUCCACACACAUCUCCAGAUUCAAGUAAUAUCACGGAUGGUUGUAAAACGCCAGGUGCCCAGACAGGUUUUUUCCUCUGGGGUGUGUUCACUGCCACAAAUGUUUCAAGUCAAAACCAUAACAUGACUUUCUUUUUCUGAAAUGGCUUUUCCAGCAUUAGCCAUUAUAAUUUUCUCACAGUUGUGACAGCAAACGCACCACCAUUGUGCUUUUUUUCCUUAAGCGUAAUAGGUGACUGUAAAGUUUAAGGCGGUAAUUGGGUAAACAGACAAGACUGGUUAUGUGGUGUCACAUCACAGGUUACAGCAUAUUCAAGGCAGUUCAUGACAAUAUUGUACUCUUAAAAUUCCAUAUUCAUAUUUGGCCCCAAGCUCUAAACACAUAUUCUCUGCCAGCUGAUUCAACUGUACUAAUUGUGUCAAAGUACAGGUACAGGUCUAUUAGGAGUGACUUAUUAUGUAAAACACUAACUAACUUUGUUUUGACGGCACAAUUACACACUCCUAGAUGUAACAGCAUAGUCUGAACUGUAGCUUUAUACUGGAUACUUAUUCAAUUUAAAGGGUCACCCACAUGUUUCAGUGAAUUGGUCUUACACAGUUAGGGGUUGCAUGUUACCAAACAUGGUAGACUUUGAUGAAUCUUCCAAAAAAAGGGGAUGCUAUUCAGAUUGUCUACAAUUCUGACUAAAAGAUGCUUGAAAAAGGUGGAGAAACAUUUGAGUGGUAAGACAAUAGAAAUGCAGCCCCUUAGCUCCAUGCCUUAGCCCCCCACCCCUGCAAUUCACAUCUCAACCCUACAAGUGUAGAGGAAGAAACAAGUAGAACAAACCUAUUACCAUUUUCAAUAAUCACAUAUUGAUAAACGACCUAAAAAUAGCCUAAUCAUAUUUACCAAGCUGUGUAGAAGUGCUUAUCUUAAUUUAUAAUCAUUGAUAAGAAAAUCUCCCCUAAAUGUCAUAUUGUGUGUGCCAAGUAGUCCUUAAAAGCCUGAAUAUAAUACAUAAAAAGCAAAUCUAGCAUCAGAUCAUCACUCCUAGACCUGAGACUUGACAGAUUUAAGAUCCCAUUUUAUUCACAUCCCAAAGUGAAAAACCCACAUUUAAACUCACCGUUUUAGCAACCCUAACAGGGCUGGAAACUGAUUUUCCUAAAGAAUGUCAAGUAUCCCUUCCACUUGUGUUUAACUGUGACUGCACUCUAAGUCAGUCGUCUAUAUGCACUGGGUACUAAAUAAAUGGGCCCAAGCUAUUGUGUUGGCUCCUUGUACGGCAGUUAAUUCAUCCCCACCCACAUCUUUAAAUAUGCACAUGACAUUUAUCACAACAACCAUGGAUUGUACACUGCCUAUUGCUAGGUUGGCCAAACUUAUUAAAUAGCAUGGUAACCUUGUAAAAUAGGAACUUGUCAAAUAAAAAAUUCUGGCUAAAACCCCA